GAGCCCCGCGGAGCCAUGGCGUACAUCCAGUUGGAACCAAUAAAUGAGGGUCUGCUCGCUCGAAUCUCGGAUCUCUUGCUGUGCCGGUGGACUUGCAGAAAUUGUUGUCAGAAGUGUUUUGACUGUGGCUGUUGUCAAACAAAUGAAGACGAAGUUGAAAUCCUGGGACCUUUUCCUGCUCAAACUCCAGCCUGGCUGAUAAGCAGCCAAAAUGAGGACAAAGAUGGAGACUCUGAUAAUACAAUCAGCGAGCUGCCUCCCACUCUUCAGGAUGUUUCCCCUGACAGAAGGCGCUCCUCGUCAGAUACAUCACGGUCCACUUACAGCCUCACGCGGCGCAUCUCAAGUCUGGAGUCGAGGAGGCCGAGUUCUCCACUAAUUGACAUCAAACCCAUCGAGUUUGGAAUAAUAGGAGCUAAGAAAGAAAUAGUUCAGCCAACUAUCCUGCGAAAAACCUACACCCCAGAUGACUAUUUUAGAAAAUUUGAACCAAGGCUGUACUCUCUUGACUCAAACAGUGAUGACAUGGACUCCUUGACAGAUGAGGAGAUCUUGUCCAAGUACCAGCUGGGCAUGCUGCAUUUUAGCACACAGUAUGAUCUGUUGCAUAAUUAUCUAAUAGUGCGAGUCAUUGAGGCCAAAGAUCUGCCUCCUCCAAUUUCUUAUGAUGGUUCAAGGCAAGACAUGGCUCACUCCAACCCCUAUGUGAAGAUCUGCCUCCUUCCUGACCAGAAGAACUCCAAGCAGACAGGAGUGAAACGCAAAACACAGAACCCAGUGUUUGAGGAGAGGUACACAUUUGAAAUCCCCUUUUUAGAAGCCCAGAGAAGAACUCUGCUUUUAACUGUAGUGGAUUUUGACAAAUUCUCACGCCAUUGUGUUAUUGGCAAAGUGUCAAUGCCCUUGAGCGAUGUCGACCUUGUGAAAGGUGGACACUGGUGGAAAGCCCUUGUGCCUAGUUCUCAGAAUGAAGUGGAGCUGGGAGAGCUGCUACUGUCACUAAACUACCUACCAAGUGCAGGAAGACUGAACGUGGACAUCAUUAGAGCAAAACAGCUUCUUCAGACAGAUAUGAGCCAAGGUUCAGAUCCCUUUGUGAAAAUCCAGCUUGUUCACGGAUUAAAAUUAACAAAAACCAAGAAGACCUCCUGCAUGCGGGGCACAAUAGAUCCCUUCUACAAUGAGUCCUUCAGCUUCAAGGUUCCCCAGGAAGAGCUGGAGAAUGCCAGCCUGGUGUUCACAGUGUACGGGCACAACGUGAAGAGCAGCAACGACUUCAUCGGGCGCAUUGUGAUCGGGCAGUACUCGACGGGCGCGCCCGAGUCCAGCCACUGGCGCCGCAUGCUGAGCGCGCACCGCACGGCCGUGGAGCAGUGGCACAGCCUGCGCUCCCGACAGGAGUGCGACCGCGUGUCCCCCGCGUCCCUCGAGGCGACAUGA